GCAGCCCACACGGAAAGCCCUUUCGUCCACAAAGAGCACUACCAGAAAUUUGACCCGCGCAUCCGUGCGCCUGAACAAAGUCAUGGCGCAUUUGGACAUUGCCCAGACGGCCAACGGCUCUGCCGGAGAACUUUACACGUUGCAGUCAUUACCAAAGUCUAAUGUCUUUACCUCGCAUCUCCCGGCGGAUGGCGAGUUUCCCACGCCAAAGGCUUCGCACGAUGCGCCCCGCCAGAUGCUCGGGCCACGCAUGGUCAAGGGCGCAUUGUAUACCUAUGUGCGCCCGGAUCCCGAGGGAGAGGCAGAGUUGCUAGCCGUCAGUCAACGUGCGCUGCAAGACAUUGGCUUGCAAGAGGACGAGGCCGAGACGGACGACUUCAAGGACGUUGUGUCGGGAAGGAAAAUCCUAACGUGGGAUGAGAAGAAUCCGGAAGCGGGCAUCUACCCUUGGGCGCAGUGCUACGGUGGCUAUCAAUUCGGGCAGUGGGCAGGCCAACUUGGCGACGGCCGUGCCAUAUCGCUCUUCGAGUCUACCAACCCUGCGACGGGCACGCGCUACGAGAUCCAACUCAAAGGUGCUGGCCGAACACCUUACUCACGCUUUGCCGAUGGGCGAGCUGUCCUCCGUUCUUCCAUCCGAGAGUUUGUUGUUUCCGAAUACCUGAACGCUAUCCGCAUUCCGACUACGAGGGCUUUGUCUUUGACGCUAAACAAUGGAAGCAAGGUUAUGCGCGAACGCAUGGAGCCUGGUGCAAUCGUGGCGCGCUUUGCGCAAAGUUGGAUCCGCUUCGGAACCUUUGACCUUCAGCGCAUCCGCGGAGACCGCAAGACACUGCGUAUACUGGCAGACUACACUGCUGAGCACGUCUAUGGCGGAUGGGACAAGCUGCCAUCGAAACUGCCGCCAGGCGACGCCAAAGAUGUACAAGACCAAAUUCACGACGGUAUCGCCAAAGACACUGUUGAGGGCGAGGGAGAAACAGCAGAGAACCGCUACGUCCGUCUGUACCGCGCCAUUGUCCGCCGCAACGCCGAGACAGUGGCCAAAUGGCAAGCCUACGGCUUCAUGAACGGCGUGCUCAACACAGACAACACGUCCAUCCUCGGUCUAUCCAUCGACUUUGGUCCCUUUGCCUUCCUCGACACCUUCGAUCCCGCAUACACGCCCAACCACGACGACCACAUGCUGCGCUACAGCUACCGCAACCAACCCACCAUCAUCUGGUGGAACCUCGUGCGUCUGGGCGAAGCCCUCGGCGAACUCAUGGGAGCAUCCACCAACGUCGACGACACCGUCUUUGUCGAAAAAGGCGUCACAGAAGAGCAAGCCGACGCGCUCGUCAAAUGCGCAGAAUCCGCCAUCGACCGCGCAGGCGAAGAAUACAAGGCCGUUUUCCUCGCCGAGUACAAGCGUCUCAUGACUGCGCGCCUGGGCCUCAAAACGCAAAAACAAUCAGACUUUGACGCCCUCAUGUCGGAAUUGCUGGAUUGCCUCGAGGCAUUCGAGCUCGACUUUCACCACGCGUUUAGGAGACUGGGUGGUAUCAAGUUGGCCGAAGUCGAGACCGAGGACCAGAGGAAAGAUGUUGCGGGCCGCUUUUUCCGCGCCGAUAAUGUGCCGAGGCAGGAGAGCGAGAGUAGAGCGCGCAUUGCAAAGUGGCUUGGGGUCUGGGCUGCGCGUGUGAAGGAAGACUGGGGUGAGGGCGGUGAUGCAGAGAGAAAAGAGGCAAUGGAUGGUGUGAAUCCAAAGUUUGUGCCUCGCUCGUGGAUCCUAGACGAACUCAUCGAGCGCGUCGAGAGGAAAAAGGAACGCCAUAUCCUGCCUCAACUCAUGAAGUUGACGCUGAACCCGUUCCAGGAAGACUGGGCGUGGAAUGCAGACGAGGAAGAGAGAUUCUGCGGCGACGUACCCAAAUACAAGGGCAUGAUGCAAUGUAGUUGCAGUUCCUAGAUGCAUAUCCCCCUUUUCCAUCACCCAGCGCCAAGUCAUUGUAUAUGUAGCGAUUUUGUAAAAAAUGGUUAUGAUUUACAACAUGUAUUAAUCCACGCCACCAACAAGAUACUCGCCUACUUCGACAUUCACCGAGCGCCCCAGCGCACGCGCAUAUUCCCAUCCGAAACUGACUCUCCAGC